AUGGAGCAACAGGUUCUAACAACUGCACUGCCUAUGCUUAUUCUAGGCUUGGGUUGGACAGGCCAAUUCUUAGUUGAGCUCCUGAACGCAAUCAACCUCAAAUAUGCUGCCACAACACGCGAUGGCCGUGGAAAUACAAUCAAAUGGACAAUGCCAUCGACAUCUUAUUGGGCAACCAACCCUACAGGCCUAACAAAUCUUCCAUCAGCACAAACAGUACUGAUUACAUUUCCGGUAAUCAACACUUCUGAAAUGACUGAAUUUAUGGAUGCAUAUGAAUCUGAGCAUGGAAAGCCUCAAUGGAUCUUAUUAUCUUCAACCCGCCCAUUCAAUGGGACACCAAGUGAUCGUCAUGGCCCUAUGGAUCCUUCAAGAGGAACAGAUCGUUCAGGCGCAGAAGAAAUUGUCUUGUCACGUGGUGGAACUGUAUUGCAUCUUGCUGGUCUAUGGGGUGCUGCAAGACAGCCACGUCAAUGGGUUUCACGUUUCCCAACUGAAGCUGCUAUCCGUGCAAAGUUGCUUACUCGUCAAUUGCAUUUGAUUCAUGGAAAGGAUGUGGCACGGGCCAUUCUUGCAGUGCAUGAACAAUUCAAGAGCGGAGAGAGAUGGAUAGUAACAGACAAGGGUUGCUAUGAUUGGAUCCGUCUCUUCUUAGCCUGGGGAAGCCCUGAGCAGAUUGCGAUAGCACGUUCUCUGGCAAAGAAUGAUGAGGUAUGCCGCAAUGCUCUCGGAGAAGGCACACUGGAAGAUGUUGUUGCCCGUGGAGGUGUAGUACCAAGAUUAAACUCUAAUGAGUUUUGGGAGACUUUCGGAAUCGAACCCACUGAGUAUCUUACCAUUGAGUAAGUCAUAUCUGUACACAGUAAUAUGACAAACAACAUCGUAUUUUUUUUCUAUCUCACCACCUUAUUAUUAAUUUUUGGUAAAUACAUUUAUAUGUGUUUGUUUGUGUAUGCAAUGU